GGAAGAUACUUAAACUUGGGUACAAGUGAAUCCAUAACAAAAUCUACAUUUUGUACUCUCAGGAAUUGGGUCAACAUCCAGACUACAUACCAGGGUGCUUUCAGGAAAAUCAUGAAAUUAUGGAUGUAAGUUUUGAAUUAAAAAAUGUCAAGAAGAUAAAGUUCAGAAAGAAACAGAAUGCUAUUAAGAGCAGAAACGGUAUUGACAACUUACCAGAUGCAAUUCUUGAGCACAUUUUGUCAUACCUAUCAACCAAAGAUGCUGUCAGAACAAGCAUAUUAUCGAAAAGAUGGCAAUACCUAUGGACAUCCAUUCCCAAACUUGAGUUUUAUGAAGAGGAACCGGAUAGGAAGACGAUGCUCAUGAAUUUUGUGGAAAGAGCGCUUGCACUUCGUGAUUCCUCAAAUAUAAAAGAUUUCUCUCUUUCAUGUGAUGUGGAAUGUGAAAUACAUCGCAUUAAUUCAUGGAUAAGUGCUGUGGUGAAGCAUAAGGUUCAGGUGUUAUAUUUGGGUCUUGCAAACUUUCAGGAAUCAUUAGAAUUGACGCCUCGCUUAUUUACAUGUGAAUCAUUAAAAGAGUUGACACUUUCCAUGUUCCAUUACCUCAAACUCCCUACUGCAAGUGUCAGUUUUCCAAGUCUCAAGAAAUUGAUUCUUAUGGAAGUUAUAUUUCCGGAUGAUAAUUCAACACAACAGCUCUUCUCAGGUUGCCCAAUUCUGGAGGAGUUAUUUAUAAUUGACUGCAUUUGGAAUAAUGUCAAGGCUGUGUAUAUCGCUCCUCCAAUGCUUCGAAUUCUACAUAUUAGUGAUGCAAAUGAGAAUAAAGAUGACCUGAAUGCUGACGCAGAUGGUCAGAAUGAAUCAAACAGUUGUCAAGUUAAGAUUUUUGGUAAUAGUUUGGAAUCUUUUUCUUUCAGUGGUGACCACCUAAAUGAUUUCUGCUUAUUAAAUUCAUCCUCAGUUGUUGAUGCAUCUAUUGAAGUCUUUCAAAGAGAUGAUGAAGAUUUCUACGUAGAUGUUCAAGAUGCUCAUCGUCUAUAUAAGCUUCUAGAUGGGCUCGGUAAUGUAGAAAAGCUGAGACUACAGGUUAGUUCUCUCGAGGUUCUCAAUUAUGCAGAGGAGUUAUUUCCCCUUCUUCCUGUUUUCAACAAUUUGACCAGUCUCACUUUGGGCAGUGAAUUACCAAUUGAAUUUUCUCGUCUACUGACCAUGCUUCGGAACUCUCCUUGUCUUGACUUUCUUGAACUAGCAAUGGGGAUUACAUAUCAUGGAAUUUUUGAUUCGAUAUUGGAUCGAAUGCCUUCGUGUCUCGUGACCCACCUCAAGACUAUCAAUAUUUUUGGUUUAUCUGGAGAUGAAAAAGAGAUUCAUGCCAUAAAGAUUUUGCUUAAAAUUGCGUCAGUUUUGAAGAGGAUUAGCAUUUCGUUUGAUGCAUUUGAUUUUGAAUGCAGUGGGGACAUAAUGAAGCUAAAGGAGAUUUCUGCCCAAAUACUGUCGUUCCCUAAAGGGUCAAGUUGUUCAAUAUUUUUCUGCUGAAUGUUUCUUGGGUUUCAA